UUUAGGCAUAUACAUGUGUACUUCUUUGGACAAUAUGGGAUAUGUAUCCCUCGUCGCUAUCACAACAACUAUUUUCUAUUUGACGCAAGCAAUAUCUUUCUGUUCUUUCAAUGCUACAAAUGUGCACUGCCUCCCGUGCAGUGACAUCUGCAUAUCAAACACGAAGCCCUGUUUUAUGUGUCCAGUCAACUGUGACCAUUCCUGCGAGUCUGUGUGCAGUCCGUUUUGCCUUCACGGAACAUGUCAUUACCAGCAAGGACAACUCAUGUGCUCUAAGGGAUGCCAAGAUGGGCGAGCAGGAAUAUCUUGUCAAGAGUUCUGCCCGCAAGACUGCCAAAUCUGUGAUCAGUUUACAUCAAAAUGCAAAGAAGUUAAAUGGAGUCCUCCAAAAGUAGCUGCAUCAUCUGAACACCGAUGGCUGGUGAUCGGCCCUGUGUUGGCUGUCAUUGUUCUUCUGAUAACCACUGCUGGGGUUUGUUACAAGCGAAGGCGAGUACUCGGAUGUCUCAACAGGCCACUGACCUUUCAAACACGUCACAUCCGUGAGGAGUCUGGACACAGGCCUGCAGUGGAGGUAGAGGUCCCGGGCAAUAUAUACGUUGACAGUGUGCAGAUGUCUUGCAAUCCGGAUCAGGGGCCGGUGUAUGCCAUUCCUGACUCCAUCCAGAUCAGAGAAGACAAGGAGAAGUACAAGUAUCUGACGCCAAUUCCGCAGAAUCUGUACUGAGAAAACCCCCUGCUGUUCACACGAAAUGUUACGGGUUGACAUACACUUGCCUCUUUAGUUCACUUUAGAUAAUUUGGCUAAUAAUAUACCUGUGAACCUAUACCAUGUUUUCUAUUUUUACCUUAUUCUUAUUUAACCUGAAAUCAUGGGGUCUAUUCCAGAUUCGGACUCAUCAUGUUUCGAAGUUGUGUCAAGACCAUACCCGCGCUCUUGAGUUCUUUUCUAUGAAAUACAGCUGUAUGAUGUUCUUUGUAAACAAAUUGUGUCUGAACCAGACAAUCCAGUGAUUGUCACCAUGCGAUACGAUGACAGACCAUGUGUUUAUGAAAAACGGCGUUUAACCACGCUCAGUUGCACAUCUCCAACAGGAAAUUGGCCCACAUGUAUGCGUGCGUGCGUGUGUGCGUGUGUACGUGCGUGCGUGCGUGCGUGUGUGUGUGUCUGAUGACACUCAUUUAGACCUAUUAAUACAGAUCAACUGAGAUGAGGUUAAAUAGCACUUAAAUAGCAACCUGUCUGUGAGUCAUAAACCAACACAUGCCGCAGUGUAACAUAGAUGCCACAAUGAAUAGCCCUAAGUCAUUCUACUUAAAAAUUACCGUCAGACAGGACACGAAACAUAUAUAAUCUUAUAUAUAGAUAUCAUAAUAACGUCUUUUACUCUCCCCUUGACCACUCAGGCAGUAAAUACCUGUGAUACCAGAUAAAACAAUAACAGAACUACAGAUUAACUGUACAUCAAUUUAGCAACUGAAUUUAUAUUAUAUAAAACUUUCCAAGGCAAUUUAGCUCUCCACACCUUUUGAAUCGUAGAAUAUUUGUUGUUUUAUUACGGCUAAAUAUGUGUACAAUCGCCAAU